UGACUGAUUGACCACGGGAAAUGUAGUUUUCUAGCCACUGGCCGAGUUUACGUUCCAGACAGGCAUCGCUUCCGGGUUAGGCCGCGACGCCUGCGUACAACUGGCACAGCUAUUGAGCCAAUUCCUGGUUAGGGUUGGCCGGGACCGUAUCCUACGUCUUUACACUGUCAAUCUUGGCGUUUGUCUAGGCGCUUCGAAGCGCCUCGUCACAGUCCUCCCUUACUUUGGCUGGGUCCCCGGACGCCUCCUCUGCGACCUGCUAGCCACGUUCGUUUUCAUUCCUCCAUCUUGCGUUGAGCCUCCCAUUGGUGGAGCCCUGGAGGUCAGGGGCUCGGUCGGCCUCUGUCAGUGCAAUUUUAAUAAAACACGCAGGACGGAUUGUAAAGUUGUUUCCCAGGAGGAACGGGACAUCACGGGACUGACGCUGCCCGAGGUCCCCGAGCUGGAGCUGGAGAGAGGUUCCGUUGUGGUCCCCGUCUUCACCACAUGCCAAAGCAUCUCUUCACAAUCUUCAAGACCAGAACAUCGUGGGUAUAGGACAAUGGAAGAGCUGGAUGCCUUAUUGGAGGAACUGGAACGCUCCACCCUCCAGGACAGUGAUGAAUACUCAGAACCAUUUUCUUGCUCCCUGGAUCAGCAAUCUACACACGAGAGCAAGCUUUCCAAAACUCCAAAGACCUUAUCAUCUCAGGGUAACACAAGUCCCUUGAAGGUGCAGCUCAUGUGUACAACCAAUGUCCAGGAGCCCAAUGUCUACAGUGAGGUCCAAGAGCCAAAAGAACCAGUACCACCUUCUAAAACCUCAGCAGCAGCUCAGUUGGAUGAGCUCAUGGCCCACCUAAGUGAAAUGCAGAGCAAGGUUUCAGUGGAAGCAGAUGCCAGCAGCAAACACUUGCCAGAUAAAAAGGAUCAUAAGACAUCCCUGGACUCAAUGCUUGGGGGUUUGGAACAAGAACUACAAGAUCUUGGGAUUGCCACAGUACCCAAGGGUCACUGUGCUUCCUGCAAGAAGCCAAUUGCUGGGAAGGUGAUCCAUGCUCUGGGACAGUCCUGGCACCCAGAGCACUUUGUCUGUACUCACUGCAAGGAGGAGAUUGGUUCCAGUCCCUUCUUUGAACGGAGUGGCCUGGCCUACUGCUCCAAGGACUACCACCACCUUUUCUCUCCACGCUGUGCCUACUGCGCUGCCCCCAUCAUGGAUAAAGUGUUGACAGCAAUGAACCAGACAUGGCACCCAGAGCACUUCUUCUGCUCUCACUGUGGAGAGGUGUUUGGUGCAGAAGGCUUUCACGAGAAGGAUAAGAAGCCAUAUUGCCGAAAGGAUUUCUUAGCCAUGUUUUCACCCAAGUGUGGUGGCUGCAACCGCCCAGUGUUGGAAAACUACCUUUCAGCCAUGGACACUGUCUGGCACCCAGAGUGCUUUGUCUGUGGGGACUGCUUCAGUAGUUUUUCUUCCGGCUCCUUCUUUGAACUGGAUGGCCGUCCGUUCUGUGAACUCCAUUACCAUCAGCGCCGAGGGACCCUCUGCGGUGGCUGUGGGCAGCCCAUCACUGGCCGCUGCAUCAGUGCCAUGGGGCAUAAGUUCCAUCCUGAGCACUUCGUGUGCACUUUCUGCCUGACUCAGCUGUCGAAAGGCAUCUUCAGAGAGCAGAACAACAAGACCUACUGUCAAGUCUGCUUCAAUAAGCUCUUUUCACAGUAGUUCCUCUUUGACUCACAUCUAUUUCAUGUUGCUUGUAAAAGUGAAACCAAGUCAGGAAGGAGCACACUUUCUGUCCCCAGCCUUCUGCUCAGUGGGCUAAUAGAGUGCAAACGAUAACCAAAUAAGGGAAUUUCUAGAUAUUCUAGGCUUAUAAUCUUAAUUUUGAAGAUGAUUCUCAUUAUGUUUUUAAUUAUGUAUUUGCAUGUAGAUUUAGAUCAUGCUAUCAAGACCCUCUGGAAGUAUAUUUUUCAUGUGCACAAUUCAUUCCAUCUCUGGUUUUCUCUUUCUCACUUUUCGCCUCUACUGAUGUUCCAUUCAGAUCUUCAGAUGUGGGCCCAGAGUCUGACUCACUCUUUGCUCUUAGGAGUCAUGACACUACUUUUAAACCCUUAGUGUUUCUGCAUUUUUCUUUUGAAGAGGAAGUAUAUUUUAACUGACAUAUGUGAUGAAUAAAGCAGCUUGUGGUUUGGUGACUCACUGUCAUAUUUGCUAGAUAAACUUUUUGCUUACCAUGUUAUAGAACAGCAUGAACUAUUUUCAGUUAAAUUGUACCCAUUCUCUUACUUUCUUGCACACCCCCUUUUAAAUCUGAGAAAUUAAAAUAGA